GCCACGCUCAUCAUGACGACCGUCGGCGUCGGUUGCCACGAGGACCAGGUGCCCUCCAGGGAAGUCAGGGGCAGCAUGCCGCUGAUCGAGCAGGGGGCCGCGGUCGACGGGUCUGAGGUGGCGAGCGUCUACUGCUUCGAGCCCCUCCCUAGGGCGGUCCAGGCGUGGGACGCGGUGCACGAGGUGGUGGCAGGCGGUGCGGGGGCGCUCCCGCCCGACGAUUUCGCGCUGGAGCUCGGCGAGGGGAGCGUGCUCGGGAGGCCGCCUGGUCCGCGCUGGUUGCGCGACCCGCACGCGGGUCGCCUGCCCGCCGCGGCGCGGUCGCUGGAGGCCGCAUCUACGCCUCCGCGGGGGACCGCCGCCGCGCUGCUCCUGCCCUCUGCCCCUGCGGAGGAUGCGCUGGCCGCGGCACUCAGGCCCCCGUGCGGCGACCCGCGCAUCCUGGCGGUGGCUAGGGACUCGCGGGGUCGCCGUGACCGCUCCGUCGGCGACGCGCUCAGCAAGCAGACCGAGUACGAGCGUGACGACUGGUCCGUUCUUGGGCCUCCGGCGAGGCUCGGGUUCCUCCUGUUCAGGCGUGGAUGGGGGUACGUCCAGCUCGGCAUCCCUGAGCUGGCCAGCUUCGAGUUCCUGGCGCGGCAGUUGCAGCUGAUCGAGGGGAGAGACUGCGUCGAGAAGACUCAGGAGGCGGCCGUCACGCUCCAGGGGCGAGGCAAGAAGGACGCCACGGCCCAGGGCGCGUUGUCCGCGGAGGUCGGCUUCUCUCUGGGCAUCGGGAAGACGAAGGGUAACGCGUGCAUCAGCCCCGCUCGGACGCAGUUCAUCGCCGAGCAGGUGUGGAACGAGGCGGCGGCAUCGGACGAACGACGCAAGGCGUGUGAGGAGCGCGCCUUGCGGACGCCAUGGCCCCGCGCCUUCGCCAGCGGGAUGCUCUGCCGCUGCCGCCCCUCGACGUGGACGACCGUCUCCACGCCGUUUCUGGUCGGCGGCCCCGCCAGCGGGCGGCUCGCGGAGCGGCCUGGCGCCGGCGGUGCAACGAGGGCAUCGACGCACUCAACUGGCUCCACGAUCGUGCUGGCGCGGGCCAUCUCGCAGGCGAGGGCGUGGUUCGCUGACCAGGCGCAGCUUGCUGCGGUCGAAGAGCUGCCAGAGCAUUACCGACGUUUUGAGUUGCCUCCUGGCUGCAGUGAGCAACACCAGUUUUGCAAAGCAUCCCUCGCAGAGGUGCUCUCGACGACCCCAAGCUACCAGAACACCUCGCGGGUCAGACACUACGACAAGGCCCGCGUGGCCUGGCCUGCGCUCUCGGGACCUCCCGUUGAGGUCGGCCCCGUCGCGCGGCAGGCCGAUGCCGUCCAGUUGCAGGGUUGGAGGCAGAGUAUGCUGAGAUCCGCAGGCGAGGUCGAGGAGCUUCAGCGGAGGCUGGUUUUCGACGCGAGGGUGGCGAGUACCUAUUUCAAGUCUCCGCCGAACACCGUGCUGCCCACCCCAUCGGCCUGGGCCUGUCUCGAGUCGACCGACGACUUCUACGUGGCCCAGGGGGGCAUCCAGUGCGCCUUCUACCACAUGGCGGUGCCGCCCGACCUGGGCAACUUCUUCCGCCUGCCCACGAUCUCCAACCGCUUCGCGGGCCUGAAGUCCGUCGGCUCCGUGAACGUGGGGCGCCGCGCCCUUCUGCAGCCCGUCGUGCGUGUGAUGCCUAUGGGUUCGAACUGGGCUCUCUAUUUCUGCCAGUCGGCUCUGGUGCGCGGCAUGCUCGACGCAGUGAUCCAGCCGAACCGCCAUCUCGCCGACGGAGCCGCGCCCGCCCCGCUCGUCAGUAAGAGCGACCUGGUGGCAGCUGGGUACGUCGACAACUUUUGCGCGGCGUCCCAGUCAGCCGCCUUAGCGACCGCUGAUGCUCGCGAGCUGGCGCAGGCGCUGACCUCUCGAGGCCUGCCCGCGCGCGACUUCACGGAGGCCCAGACGGAGCGUGUCUUCACGGGCAUCCAGUUCUCUGGCAAGACAGGGAUGUCCCGCGUGAGGCCUGACCGCCUUGCACGUCUUCGGCAGGCCAUCUUGGCCCUCCUGAGCCGCGGGUCUGCGUCGCGCGGAGCCCUGGCGUCCAUGGUGCGUCACGCCACGUGGGCGAUGAUCAUGCGGAGAGAGUGCCUGUCGAUAUUCAAUGGGGUGUACGGUUCGUUCAAGUUGCGG